ACUACAUGGAAGCCCUUAACAAGCUUCACAUGACUGUUUCCCGAGCUUAUAAAGUCAACACAGAAAUACGUUUUGAAGUCUUUAUCCACAAAGUUGAUGGCUUGUCAGAUGACCACAAGAUUGAGACACAGAGGGACAUAAACCAAAGGGCAAGUGAUGACUUGUUGGAUAGUGGAAUUGACAAUGUCCAUUUAAGUUUCUACCUGACCAGUAUUUAUGAUCAUUCAAUAUUUGAAGCCUUAAGCAAAGUCGUCCAGAAGCUAAUUCCACAGCUACCGACCUUAGAGAAUCUACUGAACAUCUUCAUAUCGAAUUCGGGAAUAGAGAAGGCUUUCCUGUUUGACAUUGUUAGUAAAAUAUACAUUGCUACAGACAGUUCACCUAUAGAUAUGCAAUCGUACGAGCUCUGCUGUGACAUGAUCGAUGUGGUGAUUGACAUUUCGUGUAUAUAUGGUUUACCAGAAGAGACUGACGAGACCACGUUUGAUGAACUGUCCUGUAGUACCAUCAAGUUAAACAACAGUACAGUUUUGUAUCUCCGGGAAAUAAACAAAUUCUUAGCUCUAGUUUGUAUUCUUCGAGAAGAAAACUUUUAUCGGCAAGGACUUAUAGAUUACAACUUUCACUGUCUUCGACAAGCAACUCAAGAUGCGUUUCAGGUCCAGCUCAAACUUCCAGUGAAAAUGGAUGGUAUGGGACAUAUCUUUACCUCUAUAGAGAGUACUGAAAGUAAUGGUUAUCCAGAUCUAUUGUGACAAUCUAUGCUGUAACACAUUAUAAAAAAACAAACUUUAUUUUAACUUUGUCUUUUGUAUCUUGCCAAUACCAUUUAUCAUCAAAAUUACUUUUCUGUAUGCUUUGAUAUAAUUUUUGGUUUCUCCGAACCGGGAGGAACAUUGUUUAUAUAAACACCAUCAUCAUUAAUAGUGUAAGAACCUUUGAGUCUUCUCUAUACGUAAAUAUUGUUUGAUUUGUUGAUUAUGUGUUGUUGUUUCAAUUUAGUAGAUAGCAGAAAAAGUCAGCUGUAGUAGAUGUUUGAAAGAUACUUAAGAAACAUUGUUAGGAAAGACAAUUUUUAAAUUUGUGUUCAGCAUCUACCUAUGUUUGGUAUGUGGGAAAAUAGAAUAAUAUCUUCCUAUCAUGAUCAGAUUGAUGUUGCACUAAAAGUCUUGAUAUUAGACUAAGAAACAGAGUAUCGGCUACAAAAAAUACUCCUAACAUUAAUCCUAUAAAUUGUCUUGGAAAAAUGUCUAAAAUUAUAUUAGUGUGAAAGUUAUUGUCCGGGAGGAUGUUUAUAAUUAUAUUAGUAUUGAAAGUUGUUGUCUGGGAGGAUGUUUAUAAUUAUAUUAGUGUGAAAGUUGUUGUCUGGAAGGAUGUUUAAAAUUGUUUUUGUAUGAAAGUUGUUAUCUGGGCAGGAUGUUUAAAAUUGUUUUUAUAUGAAAGUUGUUGUCUGGGCAGGAUAUUUAAAAUUAUUUUAGUAUAAUAGUUGAGAGUAAUAAAUAUGUUGUAAACAUGUUACUUAUCUUGGGAAUAAGAAUUGAUACGGGCUCACACUGUGAAGUUGAUUCGAUAUUUUGUGAUUUAUAUUCACUGUAUUUCAUUACUGUACUAUUCAAAAGCCCCAUUUUCAAUAAUUACUUUAUCCAGCAGUAGUUUAUAGAAUAAACUGUGUGUAUAUAGAUUGAUAGUGUUAAUUAUAUUUAACUUUUUAUUCCAAACAAACUACUAUCAAUAACUAGUUACAGUAACAUUUGAAUUAGUUACUCUAUUUGUAUGUUGUUCUGAUUUUAACUAUCUGAUGUUGGUCAUCUUCAUAAAGCAAUAAUAUAAAAUGAUAAAUAACUUUGAUAUGAGACUUAAUAAAUAUCCCUCUAGUAACUGAUGUAAGGAUAUUAUAAUAUGAUUUAAAGAAAUCAAAUGUACAAGUGAUAUAGCUGAGACAUCUGAUAUUGUCUGUUGUAUUACCGACCUAGACUAGAUAACCUUAUCAAAUGUACAAGUGAUAUAGCUGAGACAUCUGAUAUUGUAUGUUGUAUUACCUUAUCUAGUCUAGGUCAGGGUAUCAAAUGUACAAGUGAUAUAGCUGAAACAUCUGAUAUUGUCUGUUGUAUUACCUUAUCUAGUCUAGGUCAGGGGUAUCAAAUGUACAAGUGAUAUAGCUGAGACAUCUGAUAUUGUAUGUUGUAUUACCUUAUCUAGUCUAGGUCAUCAAAUGUACAAGUGAUAUAGCUGAGACAUCUGAUAUUGUAUGUUGUAUUACCUUAUCUAGUCUAGGUCAUCAAAUGUACAAGUGAUAUAGCUGAAACAUCUGAUAUUGUCUGUUGUAUUACCUUAUCUAGUCUAGGUCAGGGUUAUCAAAUGUACAAGUGAUAUAGCUGAGACAUCUGAUAUUGUCUGUUGUAUCACCUUAUCUAGUCUAGGUCAGGGGUAUCAAAUGUAUGUAACAUCCUAUAGAACGGAGCAUAUAACAUCUUCAAUAGAACAGCAGUUAACCUGCAACAUUGUUUGCAUCUUAUUUUAAGUUAUUUUUAAUUAGUGAUGUAUUUGUUGCGUGUUUUUUUUUUAAAGUAUACUGUGAAAUAGUAAUUGAAAGUUUUAAUUUGUAUUUGCUCUUAUCACAAACUAUGGACCGGGAAUUAUUAGGUAUUCAUGAAUUUGGACAUUUUUGGCACCCCUGGCCUCUGUUUUAGAGCUUGUAUGUACCUGUCUUUUUAGUAAUAGUUAGCUGUUGGCUUAUUGGUAAGUAGAAAGGCUUACAAUGCAAAAAAUUGAGUUUUGAUACCCGCACUGGGGACAGCACAGAUAGCUUUUGAUGUAUCUUUGUGCUUAACAACAAAAAAACAAAACUGUAAAACGUAUGUGAUCGAAUGUGCCAAAAACCUUAAUAGGUUACUGUUCAUUUCCCAAAGUAUCCUUAAUAGGUUACUGUUCAUUUCCCAAAGUAUCCUUAAUAGGUUACUGUUCAUUUCCCAAAGUAUCCUUAAUAGGUUACUGUUCAUUUCCCAAAGUAUCCUUAAUAGGUUACUGUUCAUUUCCCAAAGUAUCCUUAAUAGGUUACUGUUCAUUUCCCAAAGUAUCCUUAAUAGGUUACUGUUCAUUUCCCAAAGUAUCCUUAAUAGGUUACUGUUCAUUUCCCGAAGUAUCCUUAAUAGGUUACUGUUCAUUUCCCGAAGUAUCCCUAAUAGGUUACUGUUCAUUUCCCGAAGUAUCCCUAAUAGGUUACUGUUCAUUUCCCAAAGUAUCCCUAAUAGGUUACUGUUCAUUUCCCGAAGUAUCCUUGUUACUCAGGUCACAGAGAGAUUAAGUUGUUAGAAUGUUACAGGUUUGGAUGUAAAGUUAUAAAUCAAAGUUAAUAGAAAAGUCUUGUGUUGUAAUUCAUAAUAAUAUGCCAGUUUUUUUUUUGUGAUUCUGUUUACCAGCUGUUUUCUAUUGUCCAAGGUUCUUUGUACUUAUAGUAACAGCUAAUUGUAACUUUACUUAGUAUUGUUAAACAGUACAGUAUUUUUUUCCAUGAUCAUGGGUGAUAAUAAAAGUAACCUUUAACAUAAUUCUCUGUUGUUAAACUGUAUAGUUAUUUUGCAGUUAUGUGAAAAUAAAAACAGCUACUCUUAUACACUUGUUCA